AUGUCGUUCGGCAAUUCAGCAGAAGCUGGACCCUCUCGAAUCCCUUUAGGCGAUACCUCCGACGCUCAGCAGGCGAUGAUAGAGAUACCUUCAACCGGUAUCAAAUUCUUUGAAUACCGUCGACGUCUCUUCCUAGCUGGAUUUCCACUCCCUACCCCUCCUCCAGGCGGGAUCAUCCCCCCAACUUACCUUGUCCCUGCCCCACCGGAUCCUUUGCCAGCUAUGAACCCCUCAGACGUCACGUCCUCUGCGGUGCAGCGGUUGGAGAAUGUGCUCAAGGAAGAAGGGAGCGAGGAAUUGCAGGAGACGUGGGAGAAUGGUGUAGGUAAAAUUGCGAGGAGUUUACAUGACGGGAAGAGGCUGGCGAGAGGGUUGAGGUUGGGUUUAGUGAUAAAAAUCCUCAAAGCUUCAUGGAUCCAAGAUGGACUCUGGCCUAAAAACGAGCUCGGACGACCUGUUAAACCUCCCAAUUCACCUAUCAUCGAGGGCGUAGAGCUAUUUCCUGAAAAUUCGAUAAGCAGGCCAGAGAUCAUAGCUGAAGUGGAAGCUGAGAGAAAGAAUUGA